AUGUCAACAUUCGAAGAUUAUCUAAGUAAAAAAUACGGCACAUUACCUGGUGGCCGAGUCUCAGCAACCACCGAAGUCACGAAAAAGAAAAAAAAGAAACGUAAAAUAGAGGGUGUGAAUUCCGUUUCGUCCGAGGGAAAAGGCUAUGCAAUCAUCGAUGAAGAAGAAAUCACUAGUCAAUGGAAAAAAAUCAAUUCUGCUGACGAAGAUGAACUUAAGGAGUUGGCUGCUAUAGUUGAGACAGAAUCAAAUGCAAGCAAGUGGAAAAAAAUUACAGAUUAUGAGAAUGAAGACGAAGCCCCACAAAUUGCACAAAUUUUUGACGAAACAUCAUCGUUAAUAACUUCGGAAUCUAUGAGUGAAUCAUCAACAAAACGGACUAAAAUAAAAAGAAGUAGAUCACCUUCAUCAUCAACUGCCGGAAAAAUAUCAUCAUCGGCCAUGAUGUCAACUGGACUUCAGUCUGCGGAAAAGGCACAUAAAGAGCAUGAAUUACGACAAAAAGAAAUUAAAGCUGAACUUGAGAGAAUGGAUCCAGAGUUAUCGGGUCGAAAUGCACCAACUGUGUAUCGUGAUAGAACUGGAAGGAAGAUUGAUAUAGCUGCUCAACGUGCUGAGGAGCAUGACAGAGAUUUGAAUGAAGAAAUGAAAGCAAAGGAACGUUGGAAUGAUCCUGCUGCUUCCUUCUUAUCAAAAAAAAAGAAAACUAGCCAAUCUAAGCGACCGAAAUAUGAAGGGCCACCACCACCACCUAAUAGAUUUAAUAUUCAGCCAGGAUAUCGAUGGGAUGGAAUUGGCAAGAAAAUUUAUCUCUUAUAG